GGAAAAUAGGCCUUUACGAUUUAACCUCGAAACUGGCUGGGAAGUACGUGUAGUAUCUAGAACUGCUCCACUUAUCGAAUAAAUAGGUUUUGAUUUUUAAGAUGAGGACAUCUUUAACAAUAUUAUUUCUGGCUUGUGCCACAUUUUCUGUCUUCGGUGACAAGGAGAAAGAGAAAAAGAAGGACAGUGUUGGGACAGUUGUGGGGAUCGAUUUAGGAACAACCUACUCUGUAGUCGGGGUAUACAAAAAUGGAAGGGUUGAAAUAAUCCCAAAUGAUCAAGGAAACCGAAUCACGCCGUCAUAUGUUGCCUUUACCCCAGAAGGAGAAAGACUGAUUGGAGAUGCUGCAAAGAACCAGCUCACAGCAAACCCCACAAACACUGUUUUUGAUGCCAAACGUUUGAUUGGAAGGGAGUGGAGUGACAAGUCUGUCCAGCAUGAUGUAAAAUAUUUCCCAUUUAAAGUUGUUGAAAAGAGCAAGAAGCCACAUAUCGUAGUCGAUGUCAAUGGUGAAAAAAAGUCAUUUGCUGCAGAAGAAAUUAGUGCUAUGGUACUUACAAAGAUGAGGGAUAUUGCUGAAGCAUAUCUUGGCAAGAAAGUCACACAUGCUGUUGUCACUGUGCCCGCUUAUUUCAACGAUGCACAAAGACAAGCAACCAAGGAUGCUGGUGUAAUUGCAGGAUUGAAUGUUAUGAGGAUCAUCAAUGAACCAACUGCAGCAGCUAUCGCCUAUGGCCUUGACAAAAAAGAAGGGGAAAAGAACAUCCUUGUCUUUGAUCUUGGUGGUGGUACCUUUGAUGUUUCUCUUCUCACAAUUGACAAUGGUGUUUUUGAAGUUGUGGCAACAAAUGGUGACACUCAUCUUGGUGGUGAAGAUUUUGAUCAACGUGUGAUGGAACAUUUCAUCAAGCUUUACAAGAAGAAGAAGGGUAAGGACAUCAGGAAAGACAACAGAGCUGUGCAAAAGCUGAGGAGGGAAGUUGAAAAGGCUAAGCGUACUCUUAGUACCCAGCAUCAAACCAGAGUCGAAAUUGAGUCACUCUUUGAUGGUGAGGAUUUCUCCGAAACUCUGACAAGAGCCAAGUUUGAGGAGCUGAAUAUCGAUCUCUUCAAGUCAACAAUGAAGCCUGUCAAGCAAGUUAUUGAUGACUCUGGAAUGAAAAAGAGUGAAAUAAAUGAAAUUGUUCUUGUUGGUGGUUCUACACGUAUCCCUAAAGUUCAAGACCUAGUGAAACGUUUCUUUGAUGGUAAAGAACCAAGCAGGGGAAUCAAUCCUGAUGAAGCUGUUGCCUAUGGUGCUGCUGUCCAGGCUGGUGUUCUCAGUGGAGAGGAAGAGACUGGUGAUCUUGUCUUGCUAGAUGUAUGUCCAUUGACCCUUGGUAUUGAGACUGUUGGUGGAGUGAUGACCAAGCUGAUUGCCAGAAACACUGUUGUCCCAACAAAGAAGUCCCAGAUUUUCUCAACUGCAGCUGAUAAUCAACAAACUGUCACAAUCCAAGUUUUUGAAGGUGAAAGACCAAUGACAAAGGACAACCAUUUGCUUGGCAAGUUUGAUCUAAAUGGCAUCCCUCCUGCUCCAAGAGGUGUUCCACAAAUCGAAGUGACAUUUGAAAUUGAUGUCAAUGGUAUCCUUAGAGUAACUGCAGAAGAUAAGGGAACUGGCAACAAAGAGAAGAUUACAAUCACCAAUGAUCAGAACAGACUUUCACCUGAAGAUAUUGAGAGGAUGGUGCAAGAUGCAGAGAAAUUUGCUGAAGACGAUAAGAAGAUUAAAGAAAAGGUUGAAUCUAGGAAUGAACUUGAAAGCUAUGCUUAUUCACUCAAAAACCAAAUAAACGAUAAGGAUAAGCUAGGAAGCAAAUUGUCUGGUGAAGAUAAAGACACAGUAACAAAGGCAGUAGAUAAAGCAAUUUCAUGGUUAGACAGCCAUCAAGAUGCUAGUAUUGAGGAAUACAAGGAACAGAAGAAGGAAUUAGAAGAUACAGUCACACCAAUCGUCAGCAAGCUUUACCAAGGUGCAGGAGGCCAGCAAGGUGCUGGUGACCAACAGCAAGAAGGAUCAAAGGAUGAUAAAGAUGAUAAAGAUGAUAAAGAUGAGUUAUAAAUUAUGAACAUUAGCUUAGAAUUUUCUACUGCAAUGAACACACAAAUAAAACUAGGUCUUUAUCCUUUUCCAACUUAUAGUUCCAUUGAAAUUGCAAAAGCACAUGUAAAUGCAAAGUCAUACAACUUGUAAUUUUCAAAUUAACAAAUUAGAUCAUUGCAUCAUAAGAAAGUAAAUCAGUAUCUUGUACCCUCAGUGAAUCAGAAAAAAUAAUUCAAAACUAGAUGUAAAUGUUUGGUCACAGCUAUUGGUAGCUUCUUGCAUAAUGAAAUUUAUUAUGCUUUUGACAGAUGAGUCCUUUUAAUAAAAGUGAAUAAUUUACCUUGUAACUGUAUGAUCUUGUGGCAUCCGAUGUUGAUGAAACCAAAAAUGUCAAAUGUUUUAAGUUGAGCUGAAAUUUGUUGAUGUAAUAGUUAUUCUGUUUAUAUGUUUACAUUUCAUGAAAAGUAAGCUUUAGAAGUUCUAUGUCUUGCAUGCAAUAUGUGUGCUAUUUUAUAUUUAUUAUAAAUAAGACUCUGUGACAAA